GCUACACAUUGAUAUCAAAAGUUUCUUCUUAAUCCCCCCAUCUCUCUCUCUCUCUCUAGAUUGGUGGAAGCUAUGAGGAUCUUAAAUUGGGUCCAAAACAAGCUCAAUGGAAAGCAAGAAAAGAAGAGAUGCGAAGCGGGCGCGAGCUUAGCUCGACAUCCUUGUAAACAAGAGUUCAACAAUUGGCCACAAGCUUUGCUAUCCAUUGGGACAUUUGGCAACAAAGAUCUACGCGAAGAACCGAAAAGAGACGAUUUUUCUCACGAUCUAUGCCCCUCGCAAGAUCUACCGGACUUCACCCUCGAAGAUGUGAAGAAGUUGCAAGAGGAGCUGACAAAGCUUCUCCGUCGCAAGCUGAAGUCUAAGAGGAAAAGUUCGGAGAAAGGAGAGGAAGAGAGAGCCAAUCUUCCACUAAAUAGAUUCCUGAAUUGCCCCUCAAGCUUAGACUUCGAUCGGACCGUUCCUCGAUAUUUACGCGACGGUUUCGAUAGCAAUGAGAAUGGAGGCCUCUCGACGAAUACCGAAAUCAUCUUCAGCGAGGCAGGAGAUCUGCUAACCAACAACUGCAGUGCAAUUCAGCCGAAAUCUCUCACAUUUCUACUCAAGAACUUCUUCGUGUGUAGAGGUGGCUUCGUGUCGGGGCCAAACUUGAGGGAUCCGAUACCCGAGUCGAGGAUAGAUAAGAUUUUGAGGAUGAUGAUUCAUAAGAAAAUAUAUCCUGGAUCCUCCGUUUCGACGUCAACAAAGAAGUACUUGGAAGAUAAACAUAUGGAGAAGGUGCAGGAGAGCGAUAAGGGGGAGGAGAGAGGAGAGGAUCGAUGUAAAUGGGUCAAGACCGAUUCGGAUUUUAUUGUUCUAGAGAUGUAAACACCACGGCAUCGAGAUUGCUACGCUACCUCGUACUCGUGAUUCAUGUUUUCGUAUUCAUCUAAGGGCUUCAAAGAGAUUGCGCAUGCUACUUGACGGCACUGGGAAUUAUCCGAUACGUCAAUCGUACGAUACGUAGCAGACCGCGACGCAAAGGAAGUCGUACUCGUUGCAUGUAAUCCGAGGAGUCUCGACACCAUCGUAACAAGAG